AUGUUCGUCCUUCUUUUACUUAUUUAUCUAUUCUCAACAUCAAGAGCUCAAUCUUCUCAAUCCGACAUUACCAUAGGCUCAACUCUUUGCACAAAUUCUUCAACUAUAAGCUUCUGGCCUUCUCCUUCCGGCCAUUUCGCUUUUGGAUUUUACCCUUCCGGCAAUGGCUUCAGGGUCGGCAUAUGGCUUGUUGGCAUUCCAACAAACACAAUUGUAUGGAGUGCACGAAGAAAGUACCCUGAGGUCUCAUCCGGUACAACUUUGGCUUUCUCCAUGGAUGGAAAGCUCCUUCUUCGUACCGCAACCGGGGAAGUCCAGGUGAUAGUUGAAAGCAACCCGAAAGCAUCGUAUGCUUCCAUGCUCGAUUCGGGUAACUUCGCGCUGUAUGACUCGAAUUCGGAACUUGUAUGGAACAGUUUUGAUCAUCCCACAGAUACUCUUUUGGUGGGACAAAAGCUAGUUCAAGGUAGCUUUCUUUAUUCUAGUGUAUACAAAACCAAUCAGUCCAUUGGAAAGUUUAAACUGUCUAUCCAAAAAGAUGGAAAUCUCUAUGCAUUUCCAGUGGAAAGUAUUCCGAAAGGCAAAUAUGUCUACUGGACAUCAAAUGCUCCUCGUGCAGGAAGAAAUGUGUCACUAAAUUUAGAACACGACGGCCGUUUGUAUCUUCGAAAUGCAUCCACUGGAUCCGAUGUGAAGAAUUUAACCGAAGGUGGAAAUUCAGUUAAUGUUACUAUAUUGUAUCGCGCCACGUUUGAUGUCGAUGGUAUUCUGAGACUCUAUCAGCAUCAAAUAGGGACUAAUGGGAGCUUGAACUCCAAGACUUUGUGGGAAAUGCUCCUUGACGAAGAUCGUUGUAAGGUGAAAGGCGCUUGUGGCUUGAAAAGCUACUGUGCCCUCGUUGGCGCGGAUAUUGCUUGCUUAUGUCCACCGGGGUUCGAUUUUGUUGAUGUUAAGCAGCCUCUAAAAGGCUGCCUGCUGAACUUCACCAUGGAAAAUGAUUGCUCUGAGAGCAAGAAAAACAGCGAAGAAUAUUACAUUUCUUCUCUAGAACACACUUAUUGGGAACGCAGUGAAUUUGAUGUCAUGGAUUCUGUAAGUGAAGAAGCAUGUAAAGAAGCUUGUUUGAAGGAUUGCAGUUGCGUGGUAGCUGAGUGUAGGAACCAAUUGUGCUUUAAGAACAAGCUACCAUUGAGAUAUGGAAUGAAAAUUAGUAGAAGUGUUACUAAAACUCUGAUCAAGAACAGAAUCGGUGGCGGCAAUCCAUCGACAAGGAGAAAUGACUUCAGUGAUGAUAGUAAGAUGAUCAAAAAGGUUGGAAAGGAAUUUGUAAUUGUUGGUGUUGUGCUCAUGGCUUUCUCCCUGAUAGUUUUCAUUUCAAUUGGGUAUCUCAUUUACUCGAAUCGAAUUUGGAGCUUCAGGAUCAUCUCAAGUACUCAAGAAAAUUCAACUGGUGUGAUGGAAGAAACCAGUUUGAAAUCAUUUAGCUAUAACCAGCUUGUUGUGGCCACAGAAAAUUUCAAGGAAGAGAUUGGGAGGGGGGCGUCAGGGAGAGUUUUCAAGGGUUCAUUGAUGAUGAAUGGUGAGAAGGAAAUUGCGGUGAAGAAGCUGCAGAAGAUGGUGGAAGCUGGAGAGCGUGAGUUCCGAAAUGAGGUGAAGAUAAGUGGAAGAACUCACCACAAGUACUUGGUUCAUUUGAUUGGAUUUUGCAGUGAAGGAAAGAACAGGCUUCUUGUGUAUGAAUAUAUGAAGAAUGGUUCGUUAGGAAACCUUCUUUUUAAGGCGAAGAAACUCCCGAGUUGGAGUGAAAGACGAAGGAUUUCCCUCGAGAUUGCAAAAGGGCUUCAUUAUCUGCCCGAAGAAUGCGAAACCAGAAUCAUCCAUUGCGACAUAAAGCCUCACAAUAUUCUGAUGGAUGACUCUUGGAAUGCCAAAAUAUCAGAUUUCGGAUUGUCAAAACUGUUGAAGCCUGAUCAAACGAGAACAUACACGAUGGCAAGAGGGACAAGAGGGUAUGCAGCACCAGAAUGGCACAAGAACAACACUCCGAUUACAGUAAAAGCAAAUGUUUAUAGCUUUGGAGUAAUGUUGCUUGAAAUCAUUUGCUGUAGAAAGAACAUGGACAUAUCUCUUAAAGAUGAAGAAAUCAUACUGAUGGAUUAGGUUUAUCAUUGCUACGAGGCUGGAGAGCUCAGAAAACUUGUGAAUGAAGAAGGUUUAGACAUGGAGGAAGCGGAAAAAUUACUCUUAUCAAAGAUCGGAUUGUUGUGUGUGGAGACUAAGUUUGCUUUGAGGCCUACAAUGAAACAAGUGAUCUUGAUGAUGGAAGGAAUUGUUUCUAUACCACCUCCUGCUUCACCAUAUCCUUCUGGCAGAGGCUAA